UGGAACUCUUCUGUGUGAAGGGAUAAAAGUUAAUUGCAAUGGCAGCCCCCAUGACGUUCAUGAUUGCAAUUUCACAAGCUAAUCGGUUGUUAUCCAAAAAGCUAAUCUGUUUGACUGAAUACCAAGUAUGCAAUGCAAGUCAGUAUGGUAGGAGAAAAUUUAAUAAGAAAUUUUCCAAGAAAUCAACAAAACCUCAAAAGACGUCACAAAUUUCCAAAGAGACUCGUGAUGUGGAAGACGAGCAAGAGGAGGAGUACAGAAAAGAGAGCACGGCCAGGAAAAAGAAUUAUCUGAUGGACAGACUACAUGUGUUUAUGAGAGGAGGAACUGGGGGGCACGGUUUGUCACGUUAUGGGGGUAUUGGAGGGGAUGGUGGAAGUGUCAUUGUUAAAGCCUCAAAAACAGCAACUCUGCAAGACAUCAAGUCCAAAUAUCCAUCACAGAGAUUCAAAGCACCAGAUGGAAAACCUUGCAAAAAACUUGCUUUGUUGGGAGAGAAAGGAGAGGAUCUUAUUUUAGAAGUACCAAUGGGAAUAACAAUUGAGUCAGGAAGUAGAAUAAUUGGUGAUCUGGAUGAAGAGGGCAAGGAAUUAGUUGUAGCCAAAGGUGGUUCAGGGGGAAACCCCUCAAAUGGGUUUGAAGGAACAAAGGGGGAGGCUAAGACCGUGGAUUUAAAUCUCAAGCUGAUUGCAGACAUUGGGCUUGUCGGAUUUCCGAAUGCUGGGAAAUCUACUUUUGGGUCAGCGGUAACUCCAUCAGGUGGUUGGAAAAUUGCAGAUUAUCCAUUCACAACAAUAUCCCCGCGGAUUGCUUGGAUGGAUUAUACGGAUGGAAGAAAGAUCUCGGUGGCAGAUCUUCCAGGUCUGAUAGAGGGAGCCUGGGACAAUAUCGGAAUGGGACACAGAUUCCUUAAACACAUCGAGCGUACCAAACUUCUCCUGUUCCUGGUCGACAUCAAUGGAUUUCAGCUGAAUCCCAAUUUUCCAUUCAGAGAUCCUAUUGAAACUAUACUGAUCUUAAACAGGGAAGUAGAAUUGUUUAAGCAUCACUUGGUUGAGAAGCCAGCAGUUUUAGCACUGAAUAAAAUAGACUGUGAUACAGAUGGAGCUAUAGUGGAAGACAUUAAGGAGAGAGUGAAGAGUUUACCAGAAAAUAUUUCAAACUUUCCCAAGGAGCUACAGCCAGAUAGACUGAUAAAAUUUGAGGACAUUUUCACUAUUUCAACUAAAGAAGGAACAAACAUUAUCGAAACUAAACUGAAAUUGCGACAAAUACUGGACAGACAUUUUGCUGAAAAUCUUGAAUAUCCUCUUGAAAAAUGGGAGCAUGCUCUAACUGAACACAGUAAAAUAAAUAAAUUGACAUAGUCUCAACAGGAGGACUCAGGGAAUAGGAGUGGGGGAUAUGUGUAGGGGCUGUGUGUCCUUUUACUGUGGAAUUACAUGUAUACAUGUAUGAUUCAUCCAACAAAAAUCAAUGCAAAUAAUCUGAAUGUACAAAUUCUGAAUAAUUCAGUGAAACUAGAAUUGUUACAAAAGUAGCACUAUACAUGCUGUAGAAAAGCUGGUUUUGCUUUUUUUUCAAAUGUUUACAGUUUUGAGGUCAGGUGUAAGAAAGUUGUGUAUUUUUUACAUGGCCAGUCAUGCAUGAAGUUAAAUAAAGAAUAUGAGCACAAUGAUUGCCACUAGCAUAGAAGUGUACCAGGUACUUGUUAAUUUUCCUCUUGAAAUCAUUUACAAUUACCGGUACAAGUUUGUCUCUUUGUAAAGUGUUGAAUUGGAGUUUCUGUGUAAUGAAUUCAAAGAGGUAAAUGACCAUUAUUCCCAACCAUAAUGUACUUAUUAAACCUCUGCUUCAAUGUGUUAAGUUAUGUAUACCGCUAAGAAAUCUCUCGUAUAUACAAUUAUUGGCAUGGACAUGUGUAGCGCUGUAACAAGGCUGUAAUUGAUGAUUACACAAACAUCUUCAUACCCAGUGAU